CGAAUUCAUUCUCUCUAAACUCCCUUGUAAAAGCACCCGGGCAUUCUCCGUUAUAAUAUAAAUUGGGCUACAGGUGUUCCACCUAAAGUCCUACCGGUCAAUCUACGAGUUUUUACCUUUCUUACUUUGCCAAAUCAAACAAACUAUUCUAGACCCGGUCUAGUAUAGUUUGACCGGUCAAGUAAUUUACACCAUCAUUUUUGGCGCCACCCGUGGGACUCUUAAGGUUUCUUCUCUUCUAAAACCUACCCACAAGAAAACCACUCGAAAUGUCUUCCAGCCAACAGAUCAACGCUACCUCCACUCAGGUGCAUGCCACCAACGAGGGUACCAGCAUCCCUGCGGCUGCUACCAUACCGGUCAUUUCAGCCCCGGUGUUGCCCUUGGGUCUGAGCUCUGUCCCGAUGGCCAGCGUGAUCAGUCCCUUCGCGACCCCCGUCCCUUCCGCUGGACCGAGGGUUACGUUCCCACCAAGCAUGGCUCAGUUCAUGAAUGACCCAGCCAACCUACAAGCCAUCCAGGGCUUUGGCCAGGUCAUGGCCAUGUGCCAGCAGAACGGGGGGAUGUCUUUCCUCCCUGGUAUGUUCCCAUUCGCCCUUCCAGGCGCGGGAACCAUGCCCCUACAAGCUCCGAUGGCGGUGACGUCGUUCCAGGCGCCGAUGCCGCAGCCAUCACCUUUCCAGCCCCAGCUGGUCAGCACCAUGGCCCCUGUCAACUUGACCGGCGCACUUAACGCUGCAGGGCCGUCGCGUCCCCCGCAGGGUACGAAUCCGCAAGUCACCCCUGAUAGUCAUUGCGUCUUAAUUGAGAGUGAUGAUGGCGAGUGGGACGUUCCAAGGGCCCACAAGAAGAAGAAAGGGAAGAACAUCCGGCCAGCGACCUCCCGAAACUCCGCCUUCGAAAGGCUGGGGGAUAGGGAGGAAGGCCAGAGGAAGUCAGCCAAGCAAAGGCUGGGGCAGAGCGUUGCCCAUGUCAGCGCGUUCGCCCGGCUAGGCGAGGUGCGGGAGACCGAGCCUGCCCGCACCCGGCGCUCCCGGUCUAACCGGCAGGAGCCAGCGAGGACGAGGGCCUCCCAUGUUAUAUCUCAGCUCCGGGUUUUAUAGUUAAAACCUCUUUAUUUGUAGGGAAGGGGAGAUAAUCGAUUGUCCUGAGUGGAUAAUCGAUUGUUAAGGGCUUCAGGUUCUUGGGCAGUUUUCUGGGGAUGUUCUGGGAGGGGGGAUAAUCGAUUUACACUAGCAAUAAUCGAUUAUUUGACAGUUUUCUGGGCAGGAAGAAGGGUGUUUUUGUGGGGAAUGGACUGGAAAUAUAUGGAGUUGAUGAGGGAGUUCUUUUGGGUAUUUUAAUGGAAGAAAAGAGUGAGAUUAAGAGGAGAAAUGGGGAGGUAUGAAAUGGAAGAAAAUCAGGGAUGGAUAAACCAAGUUGGUGUUUAAGAGAUAUUACACACUCUUAUCCUAACUUGGGGUUUGAAUCUAGAAUUUAAUUAAGAUAUGACACACUUAAUCAAAAUCUAGAACCUAAAACUCACACUUAAGAUAACCACUCUUAAGAUAUAGAAUUAGGAAUUUGGCUAAAAUAGCAUCACACUAUUUUAUAAAUACUCAAAGAGUAAAAGGAGUUUUUU